CACUUUCCCAGCACUACUGUCAACUGCAGUGUACUGGAAGCUCGACGCCCCCCGAGCCCAGUGCAAAGUGCACACGCCUGCUCCACCACGACGCAGUCAUCACUACACUCAUGACAUCUUCACUGCACCACAUCUCGGCUCUGACGCGACCUGGGACACAGACUUGUGCUGAGUUAUCCAUCGCUUAUCUGUUUCUGUGGAGAUACUGGGAGGUGGACGGUUGAGACCUGAUCAUGUUUGUGCCUGUGCUCCUGCUCCUGGUCACACUGUGUGCCGUGGGAGGACAUGGUGAGGAGCCAAAGAGACCCGGCCAUGUCUCGGUGGUGAUAGUGGGAGCCACCGGUGACCUGGCAAAGAAGUACCUGUGGAACGGCUUCUUCCAGCUCUAUGUAAAGCAGGUCAGUAGUGGUAACACCUUCUCCUUCUACGGCGGAGGACAGUCACCUGCCGACAAAGCCAAUCCGCUCCUCUUCGAGAUCCUGAAGUCGGUGUCGUGCUCAAAGGGCGUGUCCGAGGAGCGCUGCGCUCUUCUGAAGGAGCAGUUCCUUCGACUCGCACAGUAUCGGCAGCUGAGAACCCUUGAGCACUACCAGGAUCUGGCUAAGCACAUUGAGAAACGGCUUCAGGAGGAGGGAAUCACGGAGGCAGGGAGGCUCUUCUACCUCUCAGUGCCAGCUUUUGCAUACGCAGACAUUGCAGAUAAAAUCAACAACAGCUGCAGACCGACCAGCGGGGCAUGGCUGAGGGUGGUGCUAGAGAAACCUUUCGGACACGACUCUACGAGCGCUCAGAUGCUGGCGUCUCAGCUCGGGGCUUCCUUGAGGGAAGAGGAGAUGUACAGAAUCGACCAUUACCUGGGGAAGCAGGUGAUUGCAAAGAUACUUCCAUUCAGAAUACAGAACAAGAAGUUUCUGGAUCCCAUCUGGAACAAGCACCACAUUGAGAGAGUGGAGAUUGUGAUGAAAGAGACCCUGGAUGUUAGAGGUCGUAUUCCCUUCUACGACCAGUAUGGUGUGAUCAGGGACGUGAUACAGAACCACCUGACCGAGGUCAUGAUGCUGUUGACCAUGAGGCUUCCCCGAAAUCUGACCUCCAGUGAGGAAGUCGUUGAAAACAAGCUGCGGAUCCUCAGUUCACUGCUGCCCUUAGGAAAGAAUCAGGCUGUGAUUGGCCAAUACCAAGCGUACAAGUCAGAGGUUCAGCAGGAGCUGAAUAAAACCAAACAUCACAUCAGUGUCACGCCGACAUUUGCAGCUGUGUUGGCCCACAUCGAUGAGACCCAGUAUGAGGGUGUUCCAGUGCUUUUAAUCUCAGGGAAGAUGUUGGAUGAGCGGGUGAGUUACGCUCGUAUCCUUUUCAAGAACGACAUCUUUUGCGUUCAGAACCACGACAGCGUUCACUGCAAACCCAAGCAGAUCGUUUUCCACCUGGGUCAUGGCAGCCUUCAAUAUCCGGCCAUUCUUGUGAGUAAGAAUUUAUUCAAGCCGGCUUUAAUGGAGGGUGAGUGGAAGGAGGUGACAGAGCACAGGGACGCCAGUGUUCUAGGUUUGCCAGUUUCAGACUAUUAUGUGCAAACACCAACAGAGCAGAGGGAAGCGUAUGAAGAGCUGAUCUCUCACAUCUUUGCUGGGCAGAAGAAUAGUUUCAUUAGUGUUGAAAACCUGCUGGCAUCGUGGGACUUGUGGACACCGCUGCUCACUAGCUUAGCCAGCUCUUUCCCCCGCAUCUACCCUGGCGGUGCAGACAAUGAGGACCUGUUGGACUUCUGUCUGACAGGGAAGGACAUUCGCUACAAAAGCGAGGUGGUGAUAAUCAGCCCUGAUCAGAUGGGGGGCAUGGCACCAAACGGUUUCCAAGUCAUUCAGGGCAAAUUUCGGAGUUCCGACAUGGUGUCCGCCUGGGCCGAGGAGCUGGUGGAGCAGCUGGCUGCAGAUGUGCAGGAGGCGGCAGAGGCAGCAGUGCGUGAGAGCGGCGUUUUCCAUCUCGCCCUGUCUGGCGGGUCCUCACCCAUCGCUCUGUUCCACCGGUUGGUCCUGCACCACUUCUCCUUCCCCUGGAGGGACACCCACGUGUGGAUGGUGGAUGAGCGCUGCGUGCCGGAGACUGAGCUGGAGUCAAACUUCUUCACGAUUUACAACCUCCUGCUGCAGCACGUUAGGAUACCGUACUUCAACAUCCACCCCAUGCCCGUGCAGCUCAACCACCGCCUGUGUGUGGAGGAGGACAGAGGAGCCCAGCUGUACGAGAAGGACAUCAACAAUCUGGUGAACGGCUCCAGCUUCCACUUUGUGCUGUUGGGAGCCGGCUACGACGGCCACACCGCUUCUCUGUUCCCUGGGACUAAAGUGGAGGAAUACGGGGAGAGUCUGGUGGUCCUCACCGAGAGCCCUGUCAAACCUCACCAGCGUAUGAGCCUCACGUUCAGCGCCAUCAACCGGGCACGCACAGUUGCUUUGUUAGUGAUGGGUAAAGGCAAACAUGAGCUGGUCACCCAGCUGAGCCGAAUGAAGGACAACCCAGAAAAAUGGCCCGUCACGGGGGUGAAGCCUGCUAAUGGCCGACUUGUGUGGUACAUAGACUAUGAUGCACUUUUAGGCCAGUGAUCGUCAUCCUAACUUUCAAUCACACAGCUGCUUUAAUUCAGCAUCUGGAUUGGAGUGAAGAACGUGUGAGGACCAGUACGUUUUAGUUUGUUAAUUACAAAUAACAUGAACUGAUCAUUACUGCUGCAUUUCUCUAAUGUCAGUGUUUUUCUGAUUGAUUUCCUGACCUGCAAGCAUGACCUUAAAUCAAAAGAUCUGGGGGGGGG